UGAGCCAUUUUCUCCUGCACAGUUCUGUAAACUGGCGACAUGUCUCUUAGUGUGCAGCUGGUGCAGUGGAGCACUGAUUACAAGGAUGGAAAUUAUGAUGGCAUCCUUCUGGUUGCUCAGGACUUUGAGAGCCUCCCCACUGAGCUGGAGGGUCUGAAAGCUCCUCUGCAGGAUUACAGUGCUGUGGAUAAGGCCCUGGCAGAUGAUGUGGUGGUUCUAAAGGUUCCCGGUUUACCAGGAGACAGGCUGGUGUUCGCCCCAACAGGACCACUGAACCGGGAUUAUGAUGAUGUGAGACGCUUCAGUGAUGCUGCCAGUAAAGGCAUCAAGAGGGCGAUGAAGGCUGGUAUGCAGCGUCCCCUGCUAGUGUGCCCUCCUCACAGUUCAUAUGAGAAGAACACCUUGGUGGCUUUACUGGGAGCUUUACAAGUUCUCUAUAUGCCACUGGAACUGAGGGAGGUGAAGUCGUCCCCAGAUAAGGUGGAAGUAUUGGGGGUGUGGGUGCAGGACAAGACUCGGGGCGGACAGCUCGCUGAACUGGCCUCAGCUCUGGAGAGCGGCAGGGUGGUGUAUCGGGACAUCGGUGGAUCCGAUCCUGAGCGUAUGGCAGCUCCACGUGUAGCUGAAUAUGUUCAGGAGAUCUUUAAGAGCACCUGUGUUCAGGUAAGGGUGGAGAGUGAUUUGAACACUCUGGAGAAACAGUACCCCUGCCUGGCUGCUGUCAACCGCUGUGCUAACACUGUGCCACGUCACCAGGGCAGAGUGAUUCAUCUGGAGUACAAUGGAGAAGAACCCAUUCAGCAGACCCUCAUGCUGGUGGGCAAGGGCAUCACUUAUGACACCGGUGGAGCUGACAUUAAGGCUGGAGGCUUCAUGGCUGGCAUGCACAGGGAUAAAUGUGGAUCUGCUGCUGUAGCUGGAUUCUUCCAGAUUCUGGCAAAGCUGAAGCCCAAACACCUGAAGGUGGUAGGAGCCAUGGCCAUGGUGAGGAACAGUGUUGGUUCAGACUGCUACGUGUCAGAUGAGCUGAUUGUGUCGCGAGCUGGCCGUCGGGUGCGUGUGGGAAACACUGAUGCUGAAGGUCGUAUGGUCAUGGUGGACCUGCUCUGUGAGAUGAAGGAGAAGGCGCUGAAGGAAAUUUCUCCGCAGCUGUUCACCAUUGCCACCCUGACUGGUCAUGCCAUCAGAGCCAUGGGACCCCACUACUCUAUCAUCAUGGAUAACGGUGCUGCUCGCCGCACAGACAACGCACUACAGUGGCAGAAAGCGGGUGAGGUUCUGGGCGACAUGUUCGAGGUCUCCAACAUUCGUAGAGAGGAUUACGAUUUCCACAAAGGGAAGUCCGAGUACGAGGACGUUCUGCAGUGUAACAACCUGCCCUCAUCCGCCACACCACGUGGUCACCAGACUCCUGCUGCCUUCCUCAUCAUGACCUCUGGACUAGACAAGCAUGGCGUGGACUCUGACAGGCCGCUCCCUUACUCCCACAUCGACAUCGCCGGAUCCAGUGGUCCCUUCCCAGGAGUCCCCACUGGGGCCCCACUGCUCGCCAUGGCAACCAAGUACAUCCUCCAGAAUUGACCAAGCCAUCGCUCCAGUUUCCUCCAACCUCUGUCCUAUUAGCUUCCAGUUACAUAAAUCAUUUUACUGUAAGAUUUUGUCCUGAUGUGAUGGUCUGAUUUUGUAUCCAUACAUCAUGUUAUCUCUCCAUCUAUCCAAACUCUUAUCCAACUCUUUUUAAUAAAGCUGAACUGUGCUCUCACUAUUCAGUGGAUCUUGUUCCAUAAA